AUGGAUCCAAUUGAAGAUGUUGAUCGUAGUAUCGCUUUGGUUAAAAUGGCAGUGAAGAAUAAGGACAAAAAACGUGUGCUGUCAAUGCUAUAUAACGGACUCGACCCUGCCUGUCCUUUCACUGAAACCAGCGGAACUUUACUACAUUUGCUGGCACGUCACGUACACGAGGAUGUCACAACAAUGGCGUUGUAUGCCCUCAGGUUUGCAAAACAGCCAGGGUUUAGUUUUGUAAACACCCGUGAUGAUCUGUGCAACACGGCCCUGCAUGAGGCAUGUCGACACGGGAACACUGAUUUGAUCCGAAUACUGCUGUCUGCAUUGGCUAAUGUCAACAUUCAAUCCAGUCUGGGUAGGACACCUCUCCAUGAAUUGUGUGAGUCGGAGAACGUCACAGAAGAAUUAGGCGAUAUCGUAAAUUCCCUCUGUAACUUAGGCGCUGAUGUGAAUGCAAUAGACGGCCGGGGACUAACCCCAAUACAGCUCGCAGCGUUGACAAGAAAACUCGAUGCCAUAGAAGUCUUGGUGCGCCAAAAGGGUAUUGUUCGGAACCAUUUAUACUCGCAUCAGCAGACAAUGUAUCAUACCGCUGUGAAAUCCAACUAUGCUGACGUAAUACGGGCCCUCGGUUCAUGCAGCGCCAUCAACGACAAAGAUGCGUCAGGAUUUACUGCCCUGUACCUUGCUGCUCGUGCUAAGCAUAUUGAUGUGAUGCAAGCUCUUAUGCAAUGUGGUGCCGAUCCCAUGAUUCGCUGCGGGGAACGAGAUGAAACGCCAUUAGAACAGUUGUACAUGAAAUCUCGACCAAAUGAUGACAUCAUAAGCGACAUAAGUAUCGCUGAGAUUCUGACGUCAGAGGAAGCUAUUAUCGGAAGCCCGAGGCCGAUUGAAACUGCACUACACGCGGCAACCAUAUUCAAGAAAGUUUCAAAAACAACAGAGAAUAUGGCAAACGACUUCAGAGAGAUCUCCGAUCACCUUGACGAACUAGCAGCAAGACUUAUGAGCUCAUGCCAUGGAUUUAAAACCGCUGCUAUACUGCUCAAAGAAAAUGAUGAACGACUUUUGAAAUAUGCAGUAGACUAUCGGCAUAAGAAAUUCAUCUCGUCUGGUCACGUGCAACAUUACCUUCGCGAAGUAUGGUAUGGUAAAGUCUACGAGAUCUACCACACGCCUUACCAUCCAUCAGUCUGGGGCCUUGUUAUUGUGUACAUAAUGGCACCGGUGUUACUGAUCCUGAUAUUACUAAUAUCCCCAUUUGUCUACUGCUACCACUGGGUUAUCGAGAGCUGCAACGACAACAAAGCUAAGUCGAGUGUGGAAGACGCAGCUGACUCGUCCAAGUCCGAAUCCAAGUAUUCGUCUGUGCUCCAUGCAAUGCUAUCUAAACAGAAUGCUCUCAUCGGUUUGGUGAACCUCUGUAAUAACUCGCCAUACGUUAAGUUCUAUUCCAGUCUGGCAUCCUACAUCAUGUUCCUGAUUUUACUGGUUUUGAAAUGCGUCACCGUCAGUGUUGUUACUGAUGAUUCUGUGGACGUGGUAGACAUUCUUCUUCUCAUAUUUAUAGUGGGAUAUUUGUUAGAAGAGAUACAGCAAUACUCCGAAGAGAAGUCAUUGAUGAGCUAUCUACGUAGCCCAGGAAAUGCAUUUGAUGUCAUUUUAAUAUGUUCUCAGUUUAUUAUCAAUGUCAUGGACUUUGUCGUCACGGCUGGUGCAACCGAGUCCAAAGCUGUAAACGAAGCAAUUGAUAUUUCUAUCGCUUUUUUAACUUUAGUGGCUCAUGUAAGGGUUCUUUACUAUCUCCAAGUAAGCAGUCUCCUUGGCCCACUUCAGUUGUCAUUUUUUUCGAUGUUCAGUGAUGUGAUCAAAUUGAUCGCCAUCUUGGUUGUUGAAUUGGUGGCAUUCAGUAUUGCCAGUCAACAGGUGUACGCUGUUGGUGUAGGGAUUUUGAACUCUGACAUCACCUUUCUGGACGGAUCCACUGACAUAAGUGCUACGGUUCAAGGUCAAACGUUGUUUUACCACAUGGAGCAAUUGUUUUGGAGUUUAUUUGGUCUACAGGAGCUUGAAGACUUCUCUUCGCCAAUUCAUUCUGUUGAUACCGCUGCCAAGUUGCUUGUCGGCUUGUACGAUCUGUUGGCCGUUAUUGUGCUGUUAAAUAUGCUGAUAGCCCAAAUAAGUGACACAUACAAUCGGAUAGAGGCUAGUUCCGGCGAAACUUAUAACUUUGCCAGAGCAGAGCAGAUAUUAGAAUUCCGUGACCAUUCCGAUGCUCCUGUGCCAUUCAAUAUCGUUCUUUGCAUCGUUCGUGGAGCUAAAUGUUUGUGCAAAAAGUCUACAGCGACUGAAGAUGGCCAGACACAUCAGGAAUCUUCACACAGAAAUGAAUUUGAUUUUGGACUUGAAGACCUUCCCCAGGUAGAGAAUGAUACAUCAGCGAGGUCAUCUAUAGCCGAGUCUAUUGCCGAGUCUUUCGUUGACGUGAUCAAAACAGAACUGAAGCUCAAAACUUCGACUGACAUCUACAAGGAGAUCAAGACGGAGUACGAAAGGAUGGAGCUGGAUGAGAAACAUGAAAAUAUCGAGCAUGUACAGACCGAUCUGAUUGGCGAGGGGACACGACUUGAAAACAAACUGGCGGAAAUGACGUCAGCGCUGACCGUCAUGCAGUCGUCCUCUCGUGACAUGAUUAGUGCUUUAGAGAACGAUUGCUACAAUAUCAGUUUACUGGUUUCACGGCUCAUGGAGUCUGAAGUGUGA